UGAUGUGUAAAACUCCGCACACACUCACGCGCUGACUCACAUUCAUUCAGUCCCUUUCGGUCUUCAGUUAUUCUCUACUUUUUAUUUACCGCCUCGGGAGUUUGGACGUGUGGAAAUGACAGCGGUGGAUGAUGGAUGUGCAGGAACACUUGGAGGUUCUGCACUGCUGGAGGAUGAGUGUCAUCUCAAACAUACUCACACACACUCUCACACUCAGCAUAGAGAAGCUCCAAUGGUGGUGGUGUGGAGAAAUGUGGUUCUGAUGAGUGUUCUUCACACUGCAGCCGUGUACGCCCUGGUCCUCAUCCCCUCAGCAUCAACAUACACACUGCUGUGGACUGUGGUCUGUUUUGUGUUCAGUGCAUUGGGUAUAACUGCAGGAGCGCACAGACUGUGGAGUCACAGAUCAUAUAAAGCCUCACUGCCUUUACGAAUCUUCCUUGCUGUCGCUAACUCCAUGGCCUUCCAGAAUGACAUUUAUGAGUGGUCUCGAGACCAUCGAGUCCAUCAUAAGUACUCAGAGACGGACGCAGACCCCCAUAAUGCUUCUCGGGGAUUCUUCUUUGCUCAUAUCGGCUGGCUGCUGGUGAGGAAACACCCCGACGUCAUUGAGAAUGGCCAGAAACUGGAUCUCAGUGAUCUGAAGAAUGACAGAGUUGUCAUGUUCCAGAGAAGGUUCUAUAAGACCUCUGUAGUAGUGAUGUGCUUCCUGAUCCCAGCAAUGUUGCCAUGGUUCCUGUGGGCAGAGUCUCUGUGGAUGGGCUUUUUUGUACCUGUCCUCCUUAGGUACACGCUGGUGCUAAAUGCCACCUGGUUAGUGAACAGUGCCGCCCACAUGUGGGGGAACCGGCCAUACAACAUGAACAUCAACCCGCGGGAGAACCGCUUUGUCACCUUCAGUGCCAUUGGUGAAGGAUUCCAUAACUACCACCACACCUUUCCAUAUGACUACGCCACCAGUGAGUUUGGCUGCAAGCUGAACCUUACCACCUGCUUCAUUGACCUCAUGUGUGUCCUGGGACUGGCUAAAGACCGCCACCGUGUCCCCACUGACCUCGUCAGGGCUCGCGCCAAACGCACCGGUGACGGGAGCCACAGGACUGGAUAAUGCGCUGCAGUGAUUUGUCUCUGAUCAUGGCUGGAUGGGCGUCGUCACUCUGUACAUGCACAAAUGGAGAAGAGUUUAGAUCACUUGAGGAGCUUCAAAUUCCCACAUGCUGAAUUACAUGUUUUGUAUGUUAAAUGUAGCUGAACUGAAUGAUUUUGUGUGUGUGUGUGUGUGUGUGUGUGUGUGUGUGUGUGUGUUUGGGGUGGUGGAGGAAUUUCUCAAUAAAAAUUGAUAAAACAGUAAAAUACUGCAGCAUUGAAACUCCUUCAUCUCCACUGAACACUGAGAUAUUUAUUCAUCUCAUAGACCUAUUUAUUGUGAUUGGUCAGAAGGAGUUGAUUAGUUCUCUAUAACAGCGGCUCUGACAGUAGUGCAGGUUUAUAUUAAUGCACUCGCUCUAUUAUGUUAUCAUUUGCAUAGUAACGUCUUGUUCACAGGGACGUGUACAGUGCACGCUCCUCAAAAACGGAUUAGAAAAAGUUUUCUGUAAGGAGAUGUUUAUGUAAAAUAUAUGGAUGGAGUCUCCACUGUCAGCGCUGUGUAACAGUCAGAGAUGAAGCUGUAACUUUAAGUUUUCCCACAUCUUCAUCACAGAGGAGUUUACACUUCUUGGUAUGUGUAAGUGGUUUCACACUAACACGACAAGCUGCAUUUUUUUAUCUUAUUAAUUGUAAAAGAGAGAAUAAAGAGAAAGAAUAGAGAGGGAAUAAAGAGAGAGAACAAAGAGAAUAAA